AACAAAAAAAUUAUUGCAUAGGCUAUAUAUAAAUAAGAAAAGUCUAUAUGGUCUGCACUAUAAGUAGAGAAACGUGUCUCCAGAAUAGGGACAUGUGAGUAAUAAAUGGACCAAAUGUCAACUUAAAAAAUGAUCUGUGAGCAUUUCAGUUUCAGUUCAGUUCAGUAGUGUAGUGCUUGUCUUCCUCAGGCACAGAGACCACAAAUAAUGGGCGUCCUCACUUUCAGUAAUCCCGCCCACGCUUGAAGGAGUAGCAGGAAGACUUCUGCUUACCUGUCAGUUGUUGUCAUUACUAAAUUCAUGUGUAGAAAUCUUGAAUUUGUCACUUGUUAGUUGGACCCCUGUCCUGACAGGAGGGAGUAUCUUGAGCUGUUUAUAGCAUUUGUGUGAGGAUGGACAGCCAGGGAAGGAAAGUGGUGGUCUGUGACAAUGGGACAGGGUUUGUGAAGUGUGGCUUUGCUGGAUCCAACUUCCCUGACCACAUCUUCCCUGCCAUGGUGGGUCGACCAAUCAUACGAUCGAGCACCAAAGUGGGCAACAUUGAGAUAAAGGACCUGAUGGUGGGGGACGAGGCCAGCGAGUGUCGCUCCAUGCUGGAGGUGUCCUACCCCAUGGAGAACGGUAUGGUGCGCUGUUGGGACGACAUGCUCCACCUGUGGGACUACACCUUCGGUGCCGACCGCCUGAACAUCGACCCAUCAGAAUGCAAGAUCCUGCUGACUGAACCACCCAUGAACCCCACCAAGAACCGGGAAAAGAUCGCAGAGGUCAUGUUUGAGAAGUACCAGUUCCACGGCAUCUAUGUGGCGAUUCAGGCGGUGCUCACUCUGUAUGCUCAGGGUUUGCUUACCGGUGUGGUGGUUGACUCAGGGGAUGGUGUCACCCACAUCUGUCCAGUGUACGAGGGCUUUUCAUUACCCCACCUCACACGCAGGCUGGACAUCGCUGGACGUGACAUCACACGCUACCUCAUCAAGCUCCUGCUGCUCCGCGGUUACGCCUUCAACCACUCAGCCGACUUUGAGACCGUGCGUAUGCUGAAGGAGAAGCUCUGCUACGUGGGAUACAACAUCGAUCAGGAGCAGCGGCUGGCCACGGAGACCACCUACCUGGUGGAGUCGUUCACUCUCCCUGACGGCCGACAGGUGAAUGUGGGUGGAGAGAGGUUCGGGGCCCCUGAAGCCCUCUUCCAGCCUCACCUCAUCAACGUGGAGGGAGCGGGAGUGGCCGAGCUGCUGUUUAACACCAUCCAGGCUGCAGACAUUGACCUCAGGUCAGACUUCUAUAAGCACAUUGUUCUGUCAGGAGGGAGCACCAUGUAUCCCGGCCUUCCAUCCAGACUGGAGAGAGAGAUCAAGCAGCUCUACUUGGAGAGCGUGCUGGAUGGAGACACUCAGAAACUAUCAAAGUUUAAGAUUCGCAUCGAGGACCCUCCCAGACGUAAACAUAUGGUGUUCCUGGGUGGUGCCGUGCUGGCCAACAUCAUGAAGGACAAGGACUCCUUUUGGCUGAGUAGAGCGGAGUACCAAGAGAAAGGCCUCGGGGUGCUGCAGAAACUGGGAGGUGGAGUCAGAUGAAAAAAGAAAAAAUCUUUUUAUCACCCAAAUAUUUUCCGUUUUUUAUAUCAACUCCUCACUUCUCACAGCCACAUGUGCUGGAUUAAUUGAUUCAUUAUUUUAGUCGUAGAUCAAGAAAAAUGCAAAAAGUAUUUUCUGGUUCCAGCUUCUCAAAUGUGUGGAUCGGGUGUUUUUUCUGUUUUAUAACACUGUAAUUUUCUGAUAUUUAUGGACAAAACAAUGGUUCAAUUAAUUGCAAGUUAAGUAAUAUUAAAAAUAAUCCCUGUUACAGUGAAGUUGAAUCAAGACCCAUUUUUAUCACAGUAAUACCAUAUCAAAAUGUCCAAUAAAAUCUUGUUCAGUAUAAAGUCUCAUGAAUUUAUUCAUAUGUUUGUCACAACUCAAACAGCUGACGGUAAAAUAUUGGUGAUCCUGUAGAUGAUGGUGGUGCAUCACAGCAGCCAGUUCUCACUGAGCAGAUAUAGCACAAGGACACUGGCAGUUUGAGACAUUUUUGACACUUUAAUUGGGUCUUGAUUCAACCUCAUACCAGACCCACAAGACUGAGAAAAUUAUAAUAUUUCGGUGAAAUUGUCUUAAAUGGCCAACCACAAUCUAAAUCAUGAGUUACAGCCAAUGAUACAGGACUUUUGGAGUGAAUCUAACCUCACAUUGCCUUGGACUUUCUUGAUGUAAACUGAUACUGGAACUAAUUAGAAUAAUGUUAGUUUAGGCUUGAAAACACCACUGACAUAGAAAAUGUGAAAGGUUUAAAAUGAAAAAUAAAGAUUAACCUGCCAAAAUAGAUACUAGAAACAAAGCAUUAGUCUCUGUAAUUGAUAUUUUUCUGAUUCCGGCUAUCAGGAUAAAAUGUUUUUUUUUGCAUUUUGAAAAUAUUUGUUUAAAUAUUUUAUUAGACAAAUGUUUAAUUUUUUUAAGCUGCCAUCUUUCUAAGAUGCUCCUAAAUGAAUUCCAUCAUACACACUAAUUAAACCAUGUGCAAAAAGUGUGUAGUUCUGUCUUUCAUGGGCUAAUAGAAUAAUAUAUAAUAAUAUAAUAAAGUUUAAGGUAUUUAUGUGUUGUAACAGCAAGGUGUCAACUGGUGGUGUUAGUAUUUGCUUCCCUCUGCUGGUUGAGUUUGUUUAAGACAUCAUACGACAACAAACAAUCCCACUUCAGUGCACACUGCAUGUAACAACACUGUGAACAGAUAUUGCAAUUUUUUUUAUUGCGAUACUGAAUUACCUGACAAAAUACAGUAAUGUGAGUUUACAUUGAAAAGAAAUAGUGAGCUCUCACAAUGAACACAUGCUUCACGCACACAUACACCACAUUCGCAGAAACCUUCACGGCAAAUGAAAAAGCAUGCAAUAAUGCUCAAAACACAUCAUAGUUCUGGAAAAUGAACCUCCUCAGCUGAUUUAAAAACUCCAGAUAUGUUGAAAAUCCAUACUUAGGUUCGAUAUCUACCCAACAAAUUGAACAAUUAAAAGUUA